UGGUGAUUGCCUGUAAGCUAUUCGCAAUAUAUACAAAAUGGACGAUUUCGUGCUUUGAUAUAUUUGGUGCGGUACUUUUGAGUUUUUUUGCCCCCACCGGCUGAAGACAGAAUGUCUGAUGCUUGCGAACUUCUAUUUUUUGACACAUUUUCACACGAAAGCAAUGAGGAGACAAACUUGGAUUUGGUUCAGUUUCCAAGGCCUGUCUACAUUCAUGAAAUUCGGAUUAUUCCAUUGGGAACAAGAGUGCAGGCCGACUUUCCUGGAGGCCAUCGGCUGGGGGCCACCAAUCCUUCAGAAUUUCAAGUAGAGUUUUUUGUUAAUGACCUGAGCAAGAGAACUGCCUCCACUUUUGAAAAAUUGGGAAGCUUUGAGUACAAGCAAAAUGCAGAGAUUCAGUUCAUGACAAAGAAGAUUCCAACUGAUGGUCUGGUUUUACGUGGGUGGUACAGUGCCAUCACCCUUGCUGUGUAUGGCAUCAUCAACAAGGUCACACGAGAGCCUGCAUCGCCUCCACCACCACCUCCGCCUCAGGCAGCUUUGCCAACAAAAAUGAAGGAAGGCAUACCCAAGUCCAAGUGGAAAUUGUGCACCAUGGUUGCAUCCUGGCUGGACAGUGUUAAUAACACAGAGGAGACCUCACAUCGUGCACCAGACCAUGAGCGAAGUUCAGAGUCUUCCAUCCCUUUGGUACCAUUGGAGUGGUCGGCACCAGGGCCUGGUGCAACAGCUGGCUCAUCUGAUCACCCUGAGGGUGGACGACAUGCUGUCCCCUAUGGUGAUCCGCGGGCACCUAACUACGGCAAAUCUUGGGCUGCGCAAAAUUCUCAGGAAUCUUCUCAGAGGUCAUGGGAAAGCAGUGGGAGCAGUCAUGCACAGAAGAGUGCCCAGCAGCAGUCAAAGGGCAGCCAGCAGUCACGCUUCCUUUCACCUCCAGACUCAAAAGACCGAUACACACCACCACCAAUGAAGCGUGAUCAAGAUCAUGCACCUGCUGCAGAAACAUCUAGCUCUGACAAAGAAAGCAGCAGCAGUGGAGGAGGGAAGCGCCGGGACAGCAGUCAUCAGAAAGACCAUGAGGACCCCAGGAGGAGGAGCAGUAGCGAGGGAGUGAUACGUGUCAUUGACCCUAGGCGGCCGUCGACACCACCCAUGCCACGGCCUGCAUCACCAAUCCAGUCACCCCGGCCACGCUCUUCUCCCAAAACACCACCUAUGACACCCCCUCGCUCCCCAUGCGCCACCCAAUCGCCAGAUGAAAUGGAUGACGACCUGGAUGACGACCGUGAGAUGACGCCGCGAGGUCCCCGAACACCGAAAGAGGAGGAGCCAGAUGAGCCAGAAUCACCAGCCAAGCCCUCUCCGGUAAAGAUGGCACAGUCAAAACCAGCUGCGCCAAGAACACCCCCAAUGAUAACCAAUGCUGCACCCAUUCCGACAAUCCAGACAGUGUCUGCAGUACCACCUGCUGCCACGGUGAUCCCAAUGGAACCAAUUGGCGAUAGCCUCAUGGAAGACGAUGACCUGUAUGAAAACAUCACCCCUGACUCGUCUCCAGAGCAUUUUGAGGCUGGUUUUCAUGAGGAACCUGACAUGACGCCUGGUGGCAAUGCAGAGGAGGAUGAUGAUUUUGAAGCUAUUUCCAGUGAGGACGAGCCUUACCUUUCAGACGAGAUAAUGGUCGGAUAUGAUGAUUCUUGGAAAUACCUGUCACCUUUUGAUCCUUUCCAGUGUGAGCUCUCUCCUCUGAAGUAUUUUAAAGAUCCAAGCUUAACCCCUUACGAAAUAGAGAAAGCCAAACGAGGUGAGACGUCGGCUGAUGUAUCAGAAGAAGCCUUGAAAGUGUUUGACAGCUUGUCAGCAUUCACAGAUCGAGAGCAUACUGAAAAGUGGGUUGAAGCAAUGGAAAACGCAGCUGUCCAUCUGAGUGCUGAUGCGCUGGUUGAACUCUUUGGGAACAAGGAACUUGAUGCUGCAGCUAACACACUGCUGGAUUGGGUUGAAGAAGGGCUCAGUGUUAAAGCUGCCCUGGGCCAGCCACAACCGGCCUACAAGGUGCGGCAUAUGAAGGCGGGAAUUCGCUUGGCUACGGUGCUUUUCCUCACCGAUAAAGAAGUUGUCGCCAAAAUGCUGGACCGUGGUGUGCCGGAGAAACUGCUGGAGCUGUUCAUGGCGCCAUACAUGUCACUACCUUUGAAGCUACAGAUUGUCCGAGCCCUAGAUGCAGCUACAUAUGGAUGUGCAGGCAUGCAGAUCCUGUUCACUCGUAAAAUUAAUGCUCCUCCAGAUGCUCACGUAGACAUUCCUGAAGAUGCCAUGGCUGAAGAUCUAAAUGAGCUUUAUCAGAGCAGGAGAGUGGAGCCCAUGACUGGAUAUCAAAUAUUGCUCAAGCUGCUCUUUCUGAAGCAGUCUACAAGAGCAACUGUUGCUUUGACAGCAUUGCUGAAGAAGCUACACCUGUAUGACCUUGUCUGCAAACUUCGCGUGACUGUAGACAAGAUUGCUGAAAGCACUAAAUUAUGUGAAGUGAAAAAGAAGGAUGACAGUGGUGAGGAGUAUACCCUCCUGAAGCUUGAUGCAGACUACUGUGCACAGCAGGACUGUUCAGGGGAAUUGGAUAAAGCAGCCAUAUCACUCGACCUACUCUGCCGAAGCUAUCGCAAGGCUCGCAAGGAAAUGGCACAGCCACUACGCUACUUGCCAGCACAGAGCCGCUUUGAAGCACCACAGACACCUUUUGACCCAUAUCCCGCACUUUUCAAGAUGUUCAAAGAGAAUCACCUGUUGGAGAUGCUUUGUGUGCUGGCAUCAUCUCCUUUGUCCUCGACACACACUGGCAUUACAUCAGCACUACGUGAGCUGCUUGCAGAGCUCCUCAAAACGAGUCCUGGCAUGCUGUUUUUGCUUUCUGAUCAUGAGGCAACCAACUGCCUUCACCGAGCUUUGUUGCAAGAUGAAUCGGGAAUGGAAGGCCUAGAAGAUACUGUUUGUCAUCAGGUUGGCAUCCAUUUGGUAUAUCACCUGCAAGCACUGAAGCACAUCGACUCUCUCCUUGCCUUUCACGCCAGAGGAAACCUCAAGAUGGAGCUUGAUGACGCCGAUGUAGUGUCUUGCUUGCAUGACCUGUACACAAUAAUUUUCUCAGAUGUUGGCCGGGCGGCAGUAGUUGAUGUUUUGGCCAUGGAUAGAAACUUGGAUGCUUUGAUACCAUUUCUAAAGAGCACAGGGGACAGAGAAUUUGAUAUGCGACUUUCCAAGUCCGUCUGCUCUGGUUAUGCUACUGAACUUGUUCUACUGACGGUCCACAACUCUGACAGUGCUCAGCUGCUUCAGAACUAUGCUGAAGUCUUGCAUAAACUCAGUCAACAAGAGCUCCCGCAGAGACUUCAAGAAUUGGCUGCUUGGAUGGAGCUGACUCUGAAGCUGCCCUCGUAUAACCAUGAAUCGGUUGGCUACCUCAUGGGCUGUGUGAAGGCAGCAGCUGACUCGGCUGCAUCUCUGCCACCAAUGCUGAUUACUGCACUGCGUAUACUCCAACACCUGGGCCUGCCACCUCAAGAUUUUCGUUCAGGGGACUCUGAUGAUGAGGAAGAAUUGAAAUACAAAUAUGUCAUCAUGCAGAUCUUUGCCAACAAUGGACUUUCCAGUUUUCUGACUAUAUUACAGAAAAUUUCUGAGGAGUUCUUGAAGCCUUGGCAUGGUUCGGCCUCUUUGGUUGGACAGCAAGGAGCUCUUGUAGUGGCUGUGCUGAAGCCUGUAGUGAACCUGUUGCAGUUCAUGCUUGGCUACCUUAUUUCUUGCAGAGGAACAGAGUUUAAGGAUACCACUGCAGUUCCUGUGCUGCUGCAUACAUACAUGCUACUUGGAAUGGUCCCUCCCUCAUCGCCUUCACAUUCACUUGCUCAGAAGAUUUCUGUGGAAGUCAUUGAAGUAUUGCUGACAUAUACGCAACCUCAGCUCAGUCAUACAGAAACAGAGGAAGCACUGAACAAGAGUCUGUGGACCCAGAUGAUCUCGGAGGUGCUCAAAUUCACCAUGCGGGGGCCUUGUACCUUUCUAACGGGCCUCACCGUCUUUUCUGAACUGCUUCCCCUGCCAUUGCCUUUGCAUGUCAGAGAGCCUCUUCGUGCUGAGGAUAUUGCAAAGGUGGUCAACAGUCGCAAGCUCUGGAGUGCUCAUUUGCACUCUUUGAGCAGUGAAAUACAGGAGAUCUUUGGAACUCUUAGCUACUCUACGUGCUCAACAAUACAGCAACUCCUUCGUCGUGUGUGCGUUCAGCUGUCAGACCUGACAGCCCCAUCAGCAUCAGUGGUGGCACGAGCACUUCUGGAUGCCUUGCAUGGCUCUCUGGUGGGCCCAUGUUUUGGAGCGGGAGAAGUUCGUUGCCUCACACCACAGAACUGGCCUCCAACUUCUGGCACCCUCAGCCUGCUUGAUCACUUAUUGUUUCUGCUGACGCAUCCCCCUUUCAAGAUGGCUCUGCUGCAUACUUUCAAGUCUGGAGGAAAGUAUAUGGACGUUUUCAACUACAUGCUAACAUUAUUCAACUUGCCCAGUGAUAAGCAAGGACACAUUCAAGUUCAAGAGUGCAUUCUGACAUUAAUUCAAGCAAUGUGCGACACAGAAAUUGCACUUGCACCUGUUGAGGGUGUCUUGCCUGGCUCGACAGAAAUGGUACCUGAAGCCUCAAAAAGUAAUGGUGAUGAGAAGCCAGAUCUCAGCCAGGCUCUGAAGAGGCUUGUGAAUUCCUUGCCAUCUAAGGACCAGCUGAAUGCAAUAUGUCUGGCCCUUGUUCAGCAUCUGACGAACUCUUCUCACAGCUACAGAACUGUGCUGCUGGCAUUGCGCGUUUUGAUCAUGCUUACAGAACAUGACUUUGGGUUUUAUGCUGUCAAGACAGCGCUGGACAAGGAGCAGCUGAGCCUGUGGUUCCUGUUUGAGCGUUUGAGCACGAGCUUCAGCAAGGACAGCUCGGACUUCCUGUCAUCGCUGUCAGCAUCAUUGCAGCUGCUGCGCUCUCUGAGCAGCUUAGAGGGUGUGAUGUCUCUUGGGCAGCUUCGCACUUUGCACUUUAAUGCCGCAGACAUGGCUAAUCAUUUAGCCUGGGAGAGGAGAAAGGACCCAAACAAGCAUCCACUGCAGAAUCUUCAUGCAAUGAUAAAGAAAAAGCUCACGAGGCUGGAAAAUUUAAAAGAAGGGGAAGAUUAUCAGGAAGCAUUUAAGAAGUCACCAGAAAUUGGAGACUCGCAAUUUCCUGUGAACAAGAAAGCCCUUGAGAGUCUGAUUAAUGGCCUGCAGGACCAAAUGAAUUUGCUUGAAAAGGCGGCUGCAACUCCUGAGAAAGAGAUUGCUGAACCUGUGCUACCUACCCAGGAUGGGUUGUCUGCUCAGUUUGCCUCCAGAAUUGUUUACGUGCUCGCAGAAGUCGAUGAACGUCGUCUCAACCCAACAUACUGGCUUUCUGCUGCUAUUGAAGACACAGAGCAAGAGCCACAACAGGUCGAGGUUGACCUGGUCUCUAUGAUGGAGCGCACACUGCCUGAGUUCAACCUGAACAGCGAGUUGGAUAAGCUGGUCCUUCCUGGGGAUGAAAGGGUCGAUAGCACCAAGUCACCCCUGAGAAGCAAGCGAAAGUCACAUACGCUGAUGGGAUCAGAUGGCACAGAGCCCAGCACCAAGAAGCCAUUCAUUGCGCCAAUGCGGGGCCGGGGGUUGCCUCGGGUUAGCCUAGGCCACCAGUCACGAGCAAAUGACCCAUUUCGUUCGCGGCCACCUAACACAAGCCGGCCCCCAUCCACGCACGUGGAUGACUUCGUCCAUCAGUUGCAUCAGCGCCCACCAGGAAAGGACAUCGUUGGUGUACACAGCUGUAGUCGUGACACAGCGGGAGGAGCAAUGUUUGAUGUUGCCCGGGCAGGGCCCAGUCGAAGCAGCUCCGCACGCUUAUUCAGUCCACCCAGUCUCUACAGCCGCCGGGAAUAUUCUCGCAUGGAUAGCCGGGACUUUGGUCCCUUUGGGAUGGGAUCUGCUCGUAGUGGUUCCAUGGUGCCACGGGCAAUUCCAACAUGGAGUGAAGGUCGUGUUUCAAGUGCAGCUCCAAAAGUUAUGCUAGUGUCAUCAAAUGUGGUUCCACUGACAGCAGGACCUUCUGACUCGCAAUCUUUUGGAAGAGCCUCCUGGGAUCCUAUCAAGUGAUGUUUUAAGUUCAUCAUACUUUGUCUACCAUAUCUCAUAUUUGCUCGCCUUGAUGGUGACUUGAGCAGGAACAUCCUUGUCUUCUUCAAGAUAAUGGCAAGAAGGGAACACACCUUCUUUUAUUCUCGUGGUAGAAGACAGGAUUGCCUUGAAAAAUCAUACAUCAAGAAGCCCUCUGUACAGUGUGAACAUCCCUCCCCUCCUCCCUCACCCCAUUUUUGUGCAUCCUGAAAAAAAAAACGCAAGGUUUGUGUAGAAAUAAAUGUAUUGGUCAGUGA